AUGAAUAUAAUGAAAAAAAUAUUUUACCCAAAUAUUGUACCAAAAAUAAAAAGUCAUAUAGAGUGUUACAACAUUAAUCAUAACAUAAAAAAGCUUCUUGUAUCCGAUACAGGAAUUUUGACUAUUCACUUUUGGGCUCCAACAUUUAAAUGGUCUAUAUCCGUGGCUAAUAUUGUUGACAUAAAUAGGGACCCUAAGCUUCUUUCCCUACCCCAGCAAUUUGCAAUAUUUUUAACUGGAUUACUAUUCUCGAGAUUUGCCUAUGUCAUUAAGCCGAGAAAUUUGAACUUACUAACAAUUAACCUUUUCAUGAGUUUAACAGCGCUGUAUCAAAUUACACGUAUCACCAAUUAUAAGUAUAAUUUGGGUAGUAAAAAUGAAAAGUAA